AAAUAUUUGUCUACAAGUUGAAUGGUGUAUUAUCAAUUCUUCGAAAAAGAUAUCAGUGCAAAGUGAAUAUUCAACACAACAAAUGGCUGCCAAAAAUUAUAGAAAUGUGUUGCUGCUUGUCUGCUGUUUGGGCCUAAAACUGAGCACAAGUCAUGCGCUGCCUCGCUACAGUCAAAUCUCGCUGAAGAGGCCCUUCGAUCACCGUGGCGCCAGCAGCGAAACAUUAUUAGCUUAUGCAUCUCGGCCACAGCCACCGAUGACAUUGACUGACAAUUAUAAUUUAAUUAUGCCCGAGUAUUUUGAUCAUCAUCCGGAUGAGUCGAUGCAGUUGCAGAACUUUGCCAAUUUCAAUGAGCUCGAAAUGAGUUCCGACAACGAUCUGGGCAUGGAAGAGUCACAGUUCCUAUCGAGGACACCAGUACGAUCUCCGCAGCCUGUCAACGCUGAGGAGCAGCGUGCUCGCCUGGAAUUAUCUCCAGUGGACAUCAGUUGGAAUAAGAAGGCACAGCAGAAACUGAAGAAGGGCAACACCAAGCCUAAGGGUUCAGACUAUGCGGAAUGGGAUCAGUUCGAUUACGAUCUUUAUAGCGUCAAUCCCGGCGAGAACACGAAAUACAAUGAUUUCUAACUACGUCAAACGGGGGCAACUUUCUAGCUCGAGAUAUUCCCGUUAUUGUCUGUUUUUGUUUGU